AUGGAACUUCCUGAAUGGGCUGAAGCUGCAAGGUUGGUUUUCACGCAUGGAUCCUUGCCUAGACUUACGCAGGUCAGCUCUGAGCUAGCUGAUGCUGCGAAAGAGGCGAUUUGGUUGAUGCUCGUUUCAGUUACUGAAAUCAUUGUCCAGGCAGUACGUAUAAUAGAGUAA